AAAUAAUACAAAAAACUAUAUACUAUACUCACCCCACUAGCUACACCUAGCUACAUGCCAACAAUUCAUUGAUUCAUACUCUUGUGAUUCAUUUAUCAGCAAAAAGCUGCACACAGAUAUAACUAAUUGCUGCAGUUAAGCUGCAGAUAAUUGCUUAAAAAGCUAUUUAGCUUUUUAAUCAUGUCUCUUAAAAUAAUAAGAAUGAGCUAAAUUUAUAUCACUUUUUUUUUAUAACUUAUUCUUCACCUUAUGGUUAUGGAUUCAGCUGCUUGUUUUUGGUUUCAAGCUUUAUUUUUGUUAGCAUUGGUUUGGUUUUUUAGCUAUGGAAGUGUUGAUGGAGCUUCCAGUACAGUGAAAGUUGGAAAUAUUUCAAAGGUGGAAGAUGCUGUGAAUUUUCAUAUUUACUAUGGCCAAACCUUCAAGGUUAUUAAGAAUGCUGUUGAUGGCCAGAGUUAUCUUCUUCUUCAGAAUAACUCAAGGAUUGCAUCAAGGACGAAGUACUGCACUUCAAGAAUCAAAUCAUUUGUGAUACCGUUGUCGAAUUUUUCUGUUGAUACAGAUUCUUUUCCUGUUUCCUUCUUAGAGCAUUUAGGCUUACUAGAGAGCUUGAAAGGCGUAACGUCGGACACUGUGGCUUCACCGUGUGUGUUGAAAUUGUAUAAAGAAGGACAGAUUGAAAUGUUGAACAAAAGUGAUUAUCAAAUGAUUUCGCAGUUUUCUGCACACUUCUUUAGUGACGCUGAUCAACAUUCAGCUUGCAAUUUCGCAACUACGGUUCCUUUUUCCGAGGAUACCCCUUUGCAGAGAGCAGAAUGGAUUAAGUUCAUGGGAGCUUUUGCAAAUGUUGAAGCUAGAGCCAAUCAAGUCUAUACUGCAGUUAAGGAGAACUAUUUGUGCUUGGCUGAAAUCGCAAAAUCUCGAACUUCAUUCAAGCCAACUGUAGCAUGGAUGAAAUAUAACAAUGGUGUUUGGUCUUUUACAAAGGAAGCAUAUUAUUUGAAGUAUGUCGAAGAUUCCGGAGGAGAGAUUUUGGAUGCCAACAAGAAUACUUACAAUGUUUCUGAUUCUGAUGACUUAGAAGAAUUGCAUGCAAUCCUAUGUACUGUGGAAGUAGUGAUUGAUGAAACAUUAACUUCUGAUCCACUCAACUACACGUUAUCGACGUUUAUCCAAAAUCUAAACAUUGAAGACCGUUCUUGUUUUUCAUUUCUAUCAAACACAAGCCUAUGGAGAUAUGACAAACGAAUUCAAACUUCGUCUCUCGACUGGUACAACGGAGCAGUCUCGCAACCUCAACUGGUAUUAGCAGAUCUUAUUGAAGUUUUAUUUCCAACCGGAAAUUACAACAUUACUUAUUUUAGGAACAUUGUUAAGGGUGAAACACCUAUAAAUAUUGGUCCUGAAAUGUGUGACAGAGAAACAUCCUCAACAUUGGAUCCUACAAUAGUACCAUGUGGAUGAUUUAUCCUUAAACAACAAGUAUCUAUAGUUUUUUACACUAAUCUUUAAGUUCUGAUUUUCCUCCAUUAUAAAUCACUUCAAAGCAUUUUAUUGAUAACAUAGAAACAUUAGUCAUUUUGCAAGAAAUACACAAUUUAUUUGUAAUGACGACUUCACGGCGUGAGCAAGAUUUUCCCGAUUA